AUGACCACCUAUAACAAAAUUCCAACUUCUGACCUUACCAACUUAACAUCCACUACGAAAUCUGAUCAGCCUUGGGAUGUUCAAGCUUCAAGCUCAAGUGAUGUAUCUGCCGUUGACUCCACCUUAAAAAUUCAAGUCUCUUGCGAUGACGACAAUGACGAAGAACAGGAAGACCAAGAAGACCAAGAACGACGUCAACUACUGCAGCAGCAACAAGUCGAUUUGGAUGCCAGUUUUGAAGAUUCAGUUUCGAUUGACAUGAGCUCUGAGACCCAAUCACUUAAUACAGCCAUGCCAUCUACUGCCAGACAAAUGACGACUACUGAUGGAGUGUUUUGUAAUCUGUCUGCUAAGCCUGAAUCUGAGGCUAAUUCUGUAGAAGAAGCACCACCUACUUAUGAUGUUGCUACAGCAGAUCGGGUUCCACCUUAUCGGUACACUACAAUUGUACCGAUUCCUAUUGGAGACAUGAUCCUGGUUGAGGGAAUUCCAGUUGGAGAUUUUUUUCACUUCUUUUUGAAUUUCGCUAUUUCAUACGCUUUCCAGAUCUUUGGAUUUCUGCUCACCUACAUGGUUCACACCUCACAUGCAACCAAGCAAGGAUCUCUUGCAGGAUUAGGUUUGACUAUGGUCACAUAUUCAAGCUAUCUUAAUAACAUGACUACUGGUGACGGUGAUGUACCCGAUGAUUCAGCACAAAAUGCACAGGAUUCUAGUAUUGAAUCAAGCAUAUUAUUGAUCCUCGGUUGGUUCUUAAUCAUGCGUUCAGUACUAGAAUACACACGAGCCAGAAAACUUGAACGAGCCAUUGCUAUGGAACAAGCAGUCGAAGAUUCUAUUGUUUAA